UGCCCUUGUGGUGCAGCCAGUAAUUCCUCCUCCAUCAUGGGUUCUCAACAGGAAAAUAUCUAUACUUAUAUUGUCAACAAUGAAUCCAAUACUGUGGCGGAGGCCGCGGGAGGCGACAACGCGCUUGUUGUUGGCUAUAAAUUGUUGCCCGAGCGCAUUGAAAAUCAGAAGUGGACUUUGGAAAAGGCGGACCAGCCUGAUCUCUUCUACAUCAAGACCGGGCCCAAGGCCGACUCCGGGACUGGCCAGGGCCCUUUUUACCUUAACAUUGAUGGCAAGCCGGUCGUCGGUGCGGUCAUCAUCACUACGAAGGGGCCCGGGCAGAAAUGGAGGAUUCGUUUUGAAGACCCUGUACUGAAUACCUUCAAAAUUUUGUAUCCCGGAGCGCAUCCCGAAGGGGAGCUGGCUGUCAAUCUGAGUUAUGGUAGUUCUGCGUCUGGAGCUCCUCUCAUUCUCUGGGGCCCUCCGGAUCAGCAGAAGCAGGACCAUCAGAGGUGGAAAUUCGUUCGGAUCGAGCCUCCUUCGCCAUUCGAAUUCCACCGUCCUUAUGUGAUUGUCAAUAGCAAAACAGGGACUGUAGCCCAACUUAAGGACAAUCAAAACAAUACCGAUAUUGGGGCAUACCUACUCGCAGAGUAUGCGAAAAGGGAGAGGCAAGAGUGGACGUUCGAGAAGGCCGAUGAGAAGCAAAACAAUUCAUUUUUCAUUAAAAGUUCGGCGGGAUCCUACCUCGCUGUCAAAGAGGUCAAGACGGGAGCAUCUAUCAUCCACACGAGUGAUUCCAAGAACAAGGGACAUUGGUAUUGGGAGGCGGACAAGCGUGAUCCCACAAAAUUCAGUAUAUAUCUCCGGGAAUCCCGGGAAUCCGGCUCGAAGUUUCUUCUCGAUCUUGAUCGUGGUGUCGCGACGCCUGGGGCGAAAAUACAGCUGUGGGACCCGAAAAGUGAAACAUCUGAUCCGGAUAAUCAACACUGGAAGUUCGUGCUGUCGACCGCUGAUCCGGAACUGGCAGUCAACUUGCAGAAUGAGGCGGAGGUUGCUUCUCAAUACUACGACGACAUAUACUUCCCGGAAGACAGUAUUUGGAAGGCCUGGGUUAAAGUGAAUCCAAAGAGUGAAGAGUUAUUCUUUCCUACGCGCGAAAAUAACGAGGAAUACAAUUCCCCAAUCUUAGUUAAGAAUACACAUGUUCUUCAGAUCAGCGGCCAAGACGACAUCAAGAAAUUAAGCAAUCAAGAAGUGUGGAUUCGGGGAGACUGGCGGUUCGCCGUCUUCCAGAUUUCGGGGAAACCGCAGAAAGGACGGAUCCUUUACAACGAUGCGAAAUAUGUUCAAAACCAAUAAGGGAACCGCUAGUUCGUCCCAUUGACGUACUCGAGUGUUCAGUUCGCUUUGGCUCAUCGUGAGAAGACUGCCAUAUGUGUAUAAUUUCCGAUGUUGUAAAUCACAAUGCCUGCCCGAACGAAUGGAAUUUCUUUGUUAUCUGCG